AUGGCCGGUAGCAACAAUCAAAUAAAUACUGAUGGGAUAAGUGAAGGUUUACAUAGUAAGGAUUUAUGGAAACCAUUUAAUUGUCAUUUGGCUUCAUAUAUUAAAUCUUCCCUUCAAUUGCGUUUUAUUAAUUCAAAAACUUCAAUUAUUAGUCAAGCAUUACGUCAUGCAAUUGUUGAUUUACUUUAUAAUAUAACACAACACCCGAACGAAUAUAUAGAAAAUGAAACAACUGUUGUUGGCACUGAACAUCGUAUAUAUCAUUCACGUCGUUAUCUAUAUAGUUUAAAUACUAAUAGAGUUCAACGUACAAACGCAAAUGAUGAUGAUUCUCCUGAGGGUGAUGAUAAUGAAAUUGAAUUUGAAAUAAGUUCAAUAGCUCCAACAGUUUUUUAUGAACUACGUGAAGAUAUAGGUAUAUCAAAUAUUGAUUUUCGUCGAUCAUUUUCGAAACAUCAUUUAAAAGAUUGUACAAAUUCUGGUAAAAGUGGUUCAUUAAUGUAUAGA